AUGGAUGACGAAUUAAAUAUAACAUAUAUAACUCUUGAUGGGUAUGUGGAAGUGGACAAAUACAGAUAUCUUUAUUUUUUGAUUAUGUUUACAGUAUAUAUUCUAAUAAUCUGCAGUAAUUCUACUAUUGUGUAUCUUAUCUGGUCACACCAAAACCUCCAUGAGCCUAUGUACAUUUUCAUUGCAGCUUUGUUAGUCAACUCUCUUCUUUUCAGCACUUCUAUCUACCCAAAGCUUCUGAUUGACUUUUUCUCUGAGAAACAGAUCAUAUCUUAUUCAACCUGUCUCUUUCAGUGUUUUCUAUAUUAUUCUUUGAAUAGUUCAGAGUUCUUACUGUUGGCAGCAAUGGCCUAUGACAGGUAUGUGUCUAUAUGUAAACCUCUGCAAUAUCCAACUAUCAUGACGAAAACAACUGUCAAUAUUUGCCUAAUUUAUGCCUGGCUUGUGCCUGCUUUUCAGAUUGCAGUACCAGUAGCACUUAGUGCUAAUACCAAACUCUGUAACUUAACUUUGAAAGGAAUAUACUGCAACAAUUCAAUUUACAAACUUCACUGUGUGGCCUCAAGAGCACUAUCUGUAUAUGGUGGGAUUGUUUUGAUAAAUGUUACACUCCUCCCUGUGCUUUUCAUUCUUUUUACAUACACAAAGAUAUUUAUAAUAACCUUCAAAAGUUGUGGAGAAGUCAGGAGAAAAGCUGCACAGACCUGUUUACCCCACCUGUUAAUUCUGAUUAACUUUUCUUGUUUGGUUACAUAUGAUGUCAUUAUAGUUAAACUGGAAUCAGAUUUCCCAAAAACUGUACGUUUUGUAAUGACCUUACAAGUGAUUUUGUAUCAUCCUCUCUUUAAUCCGAUUAUAUAUGGACUAAAAAUGAAAGAAAUUUCUAAACACCUAAAGAGGUUGUUCUGUCAAGACAAAGAUGAACUAAAUACAUCAACAAAAUAUACAUAG